AUGUUUUUCAAUACAAUCGAUCAAUUAAAUCCAAUUGUUAUUGAUAAUGGUUCUGGUAUGAUUAAAGCAGGUUUUAGUGGAGAAGAUGCACCACGUACAAUCUUUCCAACUGUAAUUGGUCGUUCACGUUAUAAUACUAUUAUGACUGGUAUAGGUCAGAAAAAAUCAUAUGUUGGUGAUGAAGCAUUAUCAAAAAAAAGUAUUUUAACAAUUCGUUAUCCAAUUGAACAUGGAAUUGUUACAAAUUGGAAUGAUAUGGAAAAAAUUUGGUAUCAUACAUUUUAUAAUGAAUUACGUAUUGUACCAGAAGAACAUCCAAUUUUAAUUACAGAAGCACCAUUGAAUCCAAAAACUAAUCGUGAAAAAAUGAUACAAAUUCUUUUCGAACAAUUUAAUACACCUGCUAUGUAUGUGGCAAUUCAAGCUGUUCUUUCACUUUAUGCAAGUGGUCGAACAAUAGGUGUUGUUUUGGAUAGUGGUGAUGGUGUGUCUCAUACAGUACCGAUCUAUGAAGGUUAUGCUUUAACACAUGCAAUUAAUCGUCUAGAUUUAGCUGGACGAGAUCUAACUAAUUGGAUGGUUCGAUUAUUGACGGAACGUGGUUAUGCAUUGACAUCAACAUCUGAACGUGAAAUUGUUCGUGAUAUAAAAGAAAAAUUAUGUUAUGUUGCAUUAAAUUUCGAACAAGAAUUAAUAACUUCUAGUAUAUCGAAUAAUAUUGAAACAAAUUAUGAAUUACCUGAUGGUCAUAUAAUAACAAUUGGUAAUGAACGAUUUAAAUGUCCUGAAGCACUUUUUACACCAUCUAUGAUUGGUAGUGAAGAAGAUGGUAUUGCUCAAAUAGUUUAUAAUACAAUUAUGAAAUGUGAUAUUGAUGUACGAAAAGAAUUAUAUGUAAAUAUAGUUUUAUCUGGAGGUACAACUAUGUAUCCAGGUAUUGCUAAUCGAAUUGAAAAAGAAAUUAAAAUAUUAGCACCAUCAACUAAGAAAGUUAAAAUUAUUGCUCCAUCUGAAAGAAAACAUACAGUAUGGAUUGGUGGUUCAGUUCUUAGUUCAUUAGCAACAUUUGAAACUAUGUGGAUAUCGAAACAUGAAUAUGAUGAAUUCGGUCCAUCGAUUGUACAUCGAAAAUGUCUUUAA